AUGAAUUAUCUUCUCAGGUAUCCAUUAUCAUUUAUUGAGAAACAAUUCCAAAAGUUUUCUUCCGACUAUCUAUCUACAACAUCAUUUAUACCGUUGAUUGAUGAUGAGAAACAAUAUUUUCUUCUGCGAAACAAACUAUUUCAUCGACAAACAGCUGAAGAAUCGAAAUCAAAUCUGAACUACAUUGCAAGUAACUUUGAUCCACAACAGGUCACAACCGCUACUACCACCAAUAUCAGUACAAAAUCAUCGAUGGCAGCAACUGCUAAAGUCAAAAAAUACGAAGAUAAAUUAAUCUUCCAUUAUACACAUGAAAAACGUUUCCACUCAUUUAAACGAGACAUGCAAAAACUUUAUAAAGAUCAUUUUCGGAGAUCCAUCGGCCAUGAUUAUAAAAAUGGUGGUGAGCAAUCGUAA